CGAUCCCAGCACCGCGCUGCCUCCUGCCGCUCCAUGGCCCCGGCCGCGGCGGCGGACCCCAGCGCCCGCCGCCCCCGGGGCACCGGCCCCGGCCCCGGCCCCGGCCCCGGCCCCGGCGGGAGGCGCACGGCUCGGCGGCCGCCGGAAUUGUGGCUGAGCCAGAGACGAUGACUGCAGAGAGCGCCGAAUCCAACAGGCCUAUGCGGGAGCCGGAGCACGGAGGGCCCAAGGUGCCAGUGCCCCCCGUCCCCCCGCGGCGCCGGGGCCGCCGCCUGCGGCACAAGCCCCCGACAGAGCCCCCGCUGAAAGGGCAGCUCCGCAUGCGCUCACCCGCGGGGGCCUUCAUCAUGGUGGGCAUCUCAGUGGUCCUGGUGGGCAUGACCAUUGCCGUGGUGGGCUACUGGCCUCACCGGGGACAUGGGGGCACCGGGGCCAGCGCAGGGAACACUAGUGUCGUGGGUGACAUGAGGAGGGAGGUGGUGGCUGGGCGCCACAUGCCCCACAGCGAGAAGCUGAAGCUGAUUGGCCCUGUCAUCAUGGGCAUUGGGCUCUUCAUCUUCAUCUGCGCCAACACAAUGCUGUACGAGAACAGGGACACGGAGACCCGGCAGCUGAUGCAGAAGGGGCUCUACAGCCUGGCAGUGGGGCUGCCUGGCGGGACCAGCCUGGAGGAUGGGCACUGCCAGCACAGGGACAGCCAGCCCUUCCCUAAGGCCAAUGCUGAGUGCGUGGAGGGCUGUUACCAGGUGGACCUGUCCUGUCAGCCCUGCCACGGCCCUGGCAGCAAGUGGUCUGACCGCUACGGCCCCAGCCAGCUCCAGGCCAUGGCCAAGUUCCUGCAGCACCCUGCAGCUUCCCCCGCGGCCUCUCUCUGCAGCCUCCGCUCCACCGAGGCCAACCUGAGCGUCCCGCGCCGCACUGGAGCCGAGUCCCUCCUGUCCUCAGCCGUGGGGGCCUUGACACUGCCCAUCAUCAAACUCAAUAACUGCUUGCUGGACGGGGCAGCACGGGGGGCUGGUGGGAGGGCAGAGAGGGGCCCUGCUGAGCAUCCUCCCAAAACAUCACAGCUCUCCCGGGCUCCGCUCUCCACCGGGGACAGCACCGCACCCUGCGGCCAGGAUGGUGAUGGUGGUGGUGGCCACGUUGUCAUCAGCAUGGAUGACAGCUGUCCUGGCAUGGAGCCGCUGGUGGAGCUCAGCCCCGAUGUGCACCUCCACACCCCGGGACACUCCAAAUCCCUGGACCUUGGCCAGCCGGGAGUGCUGCUGGUGGCCCCCAUCAAGGACCGUAAGAACCGGAGCUGGCCCCGGCUGGAUCAUGUCAGCCUUGUGGGCUACGCCAAACUGGAAAGCACUGGCGAGUCCUCGGACCAGCUGCUGGAGCCCAGCGAGUCCCCAAGCCAGGGCCAGCCCCUGCCCAGCUCCUGGGUAGUGGGAAUGGAGCAGGGCACACGGGUCUGAUGUCCCCAGCACCUUUGGGGACUGUAACAUCCCAGUUCCUCAUCCUGGCCCGCAGCACCCACCAGCGACCCCAAAAUCCCACAUGCAAGAGGGGUUUUGGGGGCAGCAUUUUUAAGCCAAUGCCAAGAGGAAGGUCCUGACCCUCUGCUUCUGGGUGAGGACUUGCCUAGCUGGGAUGUCCUUCUGGGUGGAUGCCCUUGGCCUUACAAGACCUUCUCCUGGUGGCUUUUCCAGAGGAGUCCUCACUUUGAGACCCCACACAAAUUGUGGGAUAAGGACAUGGGGGCAGGUGAAGCCCCACCAGCCCCCACAGCACUUUAUCUCAGUAGGUUUGGGGUGGGGAGAUGCUUUGGGGGGUGAUGUCCCUUGUCCAGCCUCAACCCACCAGAAAAUUUGCUUGGCCAGAGCACGUAGGCCCAACAGGGCUAUUAAAUAUUAUCUGGAUGCCAUGUGGUCCUGCCUUGCCUCCUCCUCUUGCCUGUGGGAUGCUUGGGAGGGGCGGCGCCUGUGUCAGUCUGUGCAGAGGGUCCAUGAGACCUUGUGCCCCCACCCAGACUCCACUGGA